GAGGGGAUCUCAGCGGGAGAGGGAUAAUGAGGCGCACUAGGGCCACGAGCCUGGUGGAUGCGCUCCGGACCAGAGAGAAGAAAGGGCCGUGAUGCCAGGGGGGAAGUGUCUGCACUGGUCCUAGUGGCUAUUCUGUGGGGAGGGACAAACCCAUUUUUGAAGACAGGGACAGAGGGACUGGAGAAGGUGAAGCAAAGGAACCGAGUGCUGCAGCUGCUUGCAGAGAUGAAAUUCCUGUGCCUCAAUUAUAAGUACAUGGUGCCAUUUUUGUUUAACCAGUGUGGAUCAAUAAUCUACUAUCUCACAUUGGCAUCCACAGACCUGUCCCUGGCGGUGCCUCUCUGUAACUCUCUGGCUUUGAUAGUCACAGUCAUAACUGGGAAGAUUCUUGGGGAGGACAUUGGUGGUAAAAGAGCCGUGGUAGGAAUGCUGCUUACUAUCUUGGGAGUUGCUCUAUGUAUAGCUGGUUCCGUGAACGAGUGAGAAACACUGAGAGAGUGGAAGAAGAAUGAAUGUGCAGAAGGUAAUGCCACUGUUUGGGGAUGGGUACCCCUGCCGCUCUGGACCCAAAUCAGCCACCAGCGGUGUGGUCUAGAACCAAGGCAACAUGGAAGGGUGAAUUUUGGUACCUAAAGAAGAUGAUUUCUGAAAAUAGUUGUUGGAGUCUCUUUGCCUUUUCACGGUUGAGGUCUUGUUGUUUUGGGGCACUAAGCCUCGAAUAUUUGGGGUUUGAGCCCCCAAUACUUAAUUUAGGUACAGAACUCUAUGCAAAAAAUGAGUGUCCCGAUCUUCCUCUGACCUCCCUUUUAGGUCUCCCAAAGUUCCACACUGCUGGAGUCCAUGGUGUAAUCUCCAUUUAGUGUACAGCCCCAUGAUGGACAUGUUGACAUUCCCACCCACACAGUGAGGGAUUUGGAACCAGAGUUUACUCUGUAAAAAAAAUGUAAACAACCAGGUUGCAGAGUUGAAGGGUCAUCUCAUCACAAGAUAGAACAUUUUAAAAUCUGAAAAAAAACUUCAUAUAUCAGGGGAAUAUUUGACACAGGACAGCAGAAAAUGGUUCACCAAGCUUAUUUACAGAGGUAGCUACCGCCCUAAGACUCCCACCUAUAUUCUAAUUGCUACAUCGCAGUAUUUCUAGAACACAAAGGCUGAAUAAACUAAAUGGUUCAUACUUAUCUCCUCCUCAGUUUUUCCAGAAUGUCUUUUCUUCCAUGUGUGCCUCUUAGACUGUAAGCUCUUCAGAGCAGGGUCUAUCCUUAACUUGUCUUAUUCAGCACUUACUGGAUAAUAAAUUACUACCAACUGCUCUGAGCCAAUGUCCCUCCUGGAUUGAGACUUACUACUUAACUGAGAACCCAGCUAGUCUCUCAGCUGCAGAGGUGUUUGGAAGGACUCCCCUUUCAUGGAAGAGGAGAACUUAUUCUAUACAGUAAAAAUUAUUUCCUUCCCCCCCAUUUCAGAUACAAACCAGCUCCUUGACUGUUGAAAUUUAAAAAAAAUGUAGGCCCAGGCAUUUCUCAUUUUCCUCCCCAAGCACCUUCCCCAAGAAAGGAAGA